AUGCCUGCGAAGAAGUCUUCUGUUACCCAGCCAGCUCAGUCGGAGCACUCGCAGCUUCUCCCAGGAACCGCUCGCGGACCGUCCUCGCACCCCUUCCCCUCGACCUCAGGCGCCCGAAUCCCUUCCCACCCUUCCGGCCCCACCGCCUUCCACUCCCUGCCCGUCCCAAACACUCCCCACACGCAACUCGACCUCCACGCAUACACGACAGGCCUUCGAGCGGCGGACCGGCGAGCACGCUACAGGUUUUGUGGCGCGCUGUUCUGGGGAUUCGUCUUGUGGAUCGUCCUGGGCGCCAUCGUGGGCGGAGUCAUCGGCAACGAAGUGGCGAGGAAUAGCGGGAAGGCGAGAAGGAGGUGGGAGGAGGAGCGCGGCAGGGUUGGAAGGUGGUUGCGUGUGAGCGGGAAUGCGCGAGCGGCGGUCGCAGAGACAGAGACAUCGUCGUCGGCAGUCCCUCCACCUCCUCCCUUCUUCGCCGCCAUCUAA